GGCCGGGGCCGCCCCCCCCCGUUUUGCUACGUGGGGCUGGGGCCACCCCCUUCUUUUGCUGCGUGGGGCCAGCCCCCCGCGUCCCGUGUCCCACAACCGGCGCUGGUGAGGGACCAUGAAGGUGAAGGUGAUUUCUGUCCUGGAGGACAACUACAUGUACCUGGUCAUCGAGGAGAGCACCCGGGACGCUGUCGCGGUGGACGCCGCCGUCCCCAAAAGGUUGCUGGAAAUCGUCAGGAAGGAGGACGUGGUGCUCAGAGCGAUCCUCACCACCCACCACCACUGGGACCACGCGAGGGGCAACGAGGAGCUGUCGAGGCUCUGCCCCGGCCUGCGGGUGUACGGCGCCGAUGAGCGGAUCGGGGCCCUGACGCACAAGGUGACCCACGACCAGGAGCUGACGUUCGGGGCCAUCCGGGUGAGGUGCCUCUUCACCCCCUGCCACACCUCGGGCCACAUGUGCUACUUCAUGUGGGAGGACGGCUCCCCGGAUGCUCCGGCUCUCUUCUCAGGUGACACCCUUUUCGUGGGAGGUUGCGGGAAGUUCUUCGAGGGGACGGCGGAGCAGAUGUACACCAACCUCACCCAAAUCCUGGGGGCAUUGCCAAAGGAGACGAAAGUGUUCUGCGGCCACGAAUGCACCGUCCAAAACCUCAAGUUUGCCUUGAAAGUGGAACCAGAGAAUGAAAUGGUGAAGAAGAAACUCGCGUGGGCCAAGCAGCGGGAUGAUGAGGACUUGCCCACGGUGCCCUCCACGCUGCAGGAGGAGUUCCUCUACAACCCCUUCCUGCGGGUCACGGAGGAGCCCUUGCAGAAGUUCACAGGUAAGACGGACCCAGUGGAGGUGCUGAGGACCCUCCGCACCGAGAAGGAUAACUUCAAGAAGCCCAAGGAGCGCCCCAAUCCCCAGGCCAUGCUCGCAUUCGACUGGGGACUUUUCAGCCCUUUCCUCGAAAAGAAGUGAGCAGCCGCGGUGGUGGCUCCCGAAACGCAGCAUCCCCAUCGCGGCGGGGGCUUCCUCCUGGGCUGCGUCCGUCCGGCUCUGACUUACUCCCGUAAGACUCGGCGGUUGGGAAGUGGUUUCUGUCUUUAACCUGCUCGUUUUGAGGCUGCUUUGCUUCGCUCCUUCCAGCGCCGUGCCCGGCUCCCCUGGCCCGCGGGAGCUUUGCUGAGCGCCUGGUCCCCGGGGAGAAGGGCGCACGUGGGUGCCUUCAGCGAGCUCAGGCAGCAGUGAAGCCCCUCCAGCCGCUGGCCUGCGGUCAGGAGGUGUUUUGGAGGAGAGGGACACCCACGCUCGCAACAUUGGGGUUGGUGGGUGCGGGAGCUGCCGCCCGUCCCGCAGCCCUUUGCCUGCGGGAGCCAGGGGAAGAGCAUGGAAAAGGUGGGGAU